GGUUCAUUCCGGGUUGGACCAGUGGCAAACGGUCGGUCACGAAUGUUUGCGACACCCGGUGUUUGAGUUGUGGUAUGGAGUUUCCUUGACAUACACACAGAAACGCUGCGUGCAUUUUAGUUUGUCUGUCUGAUAACACGGUGGUUUCAACAGGGAGCUGUCCCCCGAGCAAUAUGGCUGAUAAUAUUAUCAUCAGGGUACAGUCACCAGAAGGGAUGAAGAAAAUUCCUUCCACCAAAAGGGAGACCGCUGCUGCUUUUUUGAAGAAGGUGGCCAAAGAGUUUGGGUUCAACUCCAAUGGGUUUUCUGUUUACCUGAACAGAAACAAGACUGGAGAAGUCCUUUCCCAGAACAAAACCCUUAGCCUGCUUAAGAUCAAGCAUGGCGACAUGCUGUUUCUGUUCCCUUCAGGAUCUUCUACUUCCUCUGGAGAGGUGAUGGACACAGCGACCCCACACACGUCUUCAUCAUUACCAUCUGUCUCCUCAUCUUCGUCUUUGUCGUCAUCCUCCACCAUCCCUCGGUCCUUCUCAGAGGAGGAUGAAAUAGAUCAAUAUUUGACCAAGCAAGAUGGAAAGAUCUACAGGAACAGAGAUUCACAGCUAUGUCGUCAUGGUGCUCUUGGAAAAUGUGUGCACUGUGUACCAUUAGAGCCUUUUGAUGAAGACUACCUAAAUCACCUCGACCCACCAGUGAAGCACAUGUCAUUCCACGCGUACCUUCGCAAGCUGACUGGUGGAGCUGAUAAAGGGAAGUUUGCAGCCUUGGAGAACAUCAGCUGUAAGAUCAAGUCAGGCUGUGAGGGUCACCCUCCCUGGCCAGAGGGCAUCUGCACCAAGUGUCAGCCCAGCGCCAUCACACUGAACAGACAGAAAUACAGACAUGUGGACAACAUCAUGUUUGAGAACCACACUAUUGCUGACCGCUUCCUGGACUUCUGGAGAAAGACGGGCAGUCAGAGGAUGGGAUAUCUGUACGGCAGGUAUACUGAGCACAAAGACAUCCCACUGGGCAUCAGAGCAGAGGUAGCUGCCAUCUACGAGCCGCCACAGAAUGCUACUCAGAACAGCCUGGAACUGUUGGACGAUCCCAAAGCUGCAGCAGUGGAUGAAAUUGCAGCCAAACUGGGCCUGCGCAAGGUGGGCUGGAUCUUCACUGACCUGCUCUCUGAGGAUACAAGGAUAGGCACAGUCCGCUACACGAGAAACAAGGACACUCACUACCUGAGUGCAGAGGAGUGCAUCACAGCCGGAUUCUUUCAGAACCAACAUCCAAACCCAUGCAGACUUUCUCGAGAUGGACAUUUUGGCUCUAAAUUUGUCACCGUGGUGGCGACAGGCGGCCCAGAUAACCAAGUGCACUUUGAAGGAUACCAGGUGUCCAAUCAGUGCAUGGCUCUGGUGAGAGACGAGUGCCUACUGCCCUGCAAAGAUGCUCCAGAGCUGGGCUACGCUAAAGAGUCCAGCCCUGAGCAGUAUGUUCCAGAUGUUUUCUUUAAGGACAAGGAUAAAUUUGGAAACGAUGUCACAUUUCUAGCCCGGCCUCUUCCUGUGGAGUACCUUAUCAUAGAUAUUACUACAACUUUUCCAAAGGAUCCUCAGUACACCUUCUCCUCCACACAGCGCUUCCCCAUAGAGAAUCGAGAUAUCCUCGGAGAAACACAAGAUUUCCACAGUUUAGCAACAUACCUGUCCCAGUGCACCUCCCCUGCGUUCCUGGGCAUCGUGUCCGACUUCCAUCUGCUCCUCUUCCUUGUCACUAAUGAAGUCAUGCCUCUGGGAGACAGUAUCGGGCUGCUACUAGAUGCAGUGAAGACCUCUGAUGAGGAUCUGGCACAGACCUGGAAGAAGCUGGAGCAGUGGGCCACCAUCGAGCAGCUGUGCAGUACCGUGGGUGGACAGCCCUCCAGCUCUCUGGGUUACGGGGCCAUGGGAGGCCCCUCAGCCCCCGUCUCCUCCUCAGCCAUGUGGUCCUGUCUCCAUUGCACCUUCAUGAACCAACCUGGCACGGAGCACUGUGAAAUGUGCAGCCUACCCCGCAGUUAAUUGCCCACCCACUGCCCUGCCCUGCCCUGAUCCCACCUAGUCCCAUGACAGCACUGCACCAGGACCAGCUGCGAGACUAAGACCCGCUUCUUGUUUCGUUUCACCUCACAGGCUGCUGUGAUGCGCAGAUGCACUCGUUUACAUCAGUUCAAAGAGUAAAUAACGUUUCCCCUCCUCACGGUGUCAGGUUGCGUUCAAGUCAAGCACUUAUAACAGAGGCCCUCUUCCCUCAUCUCACCUCCCUCUCACCCUCAUUAUGUCUUCUGAAAGAUCUUGCUGUGUAUAAAUACAUUUGAGAAAUGAUGCUGUUAUUUAAUGAAGCUUUUUUUUUAAUCUGAUUGUAGCUUAGCAUUUUGAAUCUUCACUUCAGAAUCUUGGACUCUGCUCAGUCAGUUUUUUAUAGGUCCUUUGAGUACAAUCACUGGUCGAAGCUCAGACCCGAAAAUGCAAAGAGCUCCAGAGUAUCUCCACUUUAUUAGAGUCUAUAUUUUCAGUAUUAAAUCGCUUUAAAGGCCAGUCCUGAAUUUGAAGAGGCCGAUUCCAAGGCUACUCACUCGUACCUUGACCUCUGCACAGUAACAUGCUUUUGGUGAUCUGGACAGUUUUUUCUUUACACCAAGUUAAAGUGGCUCCUGAAGAUUUUUCUCUGGUUUGUUGGAAUUGGUUUCUGGAUUUUGAGCAGGCACAAUAUGUAGCUUAUUUUCUGACUUGUAUGUUCUGUUCCUGAUGCAAUGCCCCAAAACACCCCCCCAUCAUCAUCACUAGCUCUGUAUUAGCAACUGGUGCUCACCACCUUCUGUCACUCCCUCUUUGCCUGAGGUGCUGAUCCAAACGAAGCUCACAACCAGUGUUCCACCACACGUGGGUAUGAUGUUUACCAGAGGUUACAGGUCAAACAUGCUUAACGUCAUGUUGUAGGUCGCUCAUUCCUGUAUUGAGAACAUCAAGCAGCAGAAGGACAGUGGUUUCAAAGAUGCUGACCCCGAAAAGCACUUAAAUCUCUACAUGACACUAAACACAAUGACUGGUCCAGUUAGAGGGUCAGCUCAUGAUACCCAUUUCUUCACUCUUAAGAUGGUUUCUACUUUGUGGUUCCCAGCAUUGAAAACCUGCUAAACAUAACAGUUUGAUUGAUGAGAUGAGGCAGAGAAAUGAGCAGAUCCAACACUCGAGGUGACUGAAGGUCCAGCGUUGCGUUCAGGGCCGUAGUAGAAUGGCACUGUCUAGUGUCUCUGCCGAGAGGAGGACACAGGGACCAAAUCCUGACGUUGAAGUCAGAGGUUUAAAUGUUAGAUCUGCUCCAGACAGUGAUCCUAACGCCUGUAAAGGAUUAGUCCAGACGUAGACCUCGACCAGGUCAGACCUAGAGUUUGAGGUGUGUGACCAAACUUCCCUCUGCUACACUUCAAGGCCUAUACAGUGUUACUGGUGCUCAGUGAAAGAAUUGAUAAAAAAAAAAAGUCAAAUAAAAACUGCACAUUUGCUAUUUUUGCUGAUCCAGAAUCCUUUAGUCCACGUCCUCGACGGUUGUUUGGGUUUUUCCCCUUGAGUGAACCUGAAGCUGAGAGGCGUCAGGGAAGAGGGAGUUGUUUGUUUCUUUGAGGUUGGAAGCAUUUCCUUUUGAUGGAGUGAGGGACUCUCUUUAGUUGCAGAAUAAUUUGAAGAUGCUCUGGACAGACAGGAGUGUUGUUUUUGCCAGCCAAUGCCGUUGUGGCUCCCUCCUCCCACCGUGUGAAUUACUUAUGGACAGCAGAGACUUUUUCCUUUUCUACGGAUCCAGGGCCGUUUGCUGAGCAAGCUCGCUCUUGGAGUCACAGCAGGUCCUCGUUUUCCACUGAGCUGAUGGGGAUUCAAGGUUGUACGCUGUUGACCUGGAUUUGAAACAAAAUAAUAAAAAAGAUUUCUAAUGAUAA